AUGUCUCCUACCCUCUCUUACUGUGAUCCAGGUACGCCGUCUCCGUUCAUAGAUAUGGAUGUUACAUGGCCACAUUCGCCAGUAAACCCAUUUCUUGUGCCCAACAUCAACACGAACGGGAUCUUCCGUAAACCAUCGCUUCUGAUCCUAGCAUCUCCGCUUUCAGUUUUUGAUCAAGCAUUGUCACCAACAUCAUCUACCACACGGCAAACCUUCCUGUUACCGCCAUCUCCUAUGCCAUCGCCGAGCUUUUUGUUUCCCCGCAUACCACCGCCUUGCCCGGGUGACAAGAUAGAUACCUCACUGUCCGGUGUUAUCGCAGACGCAUCAGAAAGAAAAGGCAGUGUGAUUAGUAUAGCUCGGAUGCGGCAAGUGAUGAGACUGGAAUUCUACCAGUUCUUGUUCUUGAAAAAACAGCAGGAAAUAGAUAUGCUGGAGGGACUGGCGCGAGAGAAAGAGCCGCGCAAACGGUGUGACAGCAGUAUUGCUUGCUGCAAGAUCAAGGGGCUACUAUGCAUAAGCUUGUUUGAUGACAAGACGAGGAAGAUAAGAAAAGCAGGAAAAUCAAGAGAAGAGAUUCCCUGGCGGAAGGCCUUUCAAGCUACUCAAGCUUCGUAA